CUAAGAAUCAUGCUUCGACAAAUGCUUUCCAGCGAGCAGGUUCCCAACAUGAAAGAAUGGGAAGAGACGCUGCUCAAACUGGCCCUCCGAAUUGCACGUGAUUUGACAUUCACCUCUCUUCCUCAUCGACAGGGCCAAGAUAUGGACGUUAGGCGUUAUGUCAAGAUCAAAAAGAUUCCAGGAGGCACUCCACAGGACUCUGAAUAUGUCGAUGGUGCUGUCAUAACCAAAAACGUUGCGCACAAGCACAUGCUGCGAUCCCAACGCAAUCCCCGCGUUAUGCUUGUAACAUUUCCUCUAGAAUUUUCACGUGUCGAAGGACAGUACAUGCACUUUGGGCAAAUUGUGCGUCAGGAAAAAGAAUACCUGGGAAAUUUAGCCACACGGAUCGCCGCGCUUCGGCCUCACGUUGUGUUGGUGGAGAAGUCCGUUUCUCGUCUUGCUUUAGAGGCUCUUGCGGGAUACAACAUUGCAGUGGCCCGUGCUGUGAAGCCGUCUGCUAUACAAUUCGUGGCGCGAAUGACUCAGGGCGAUGUUUUUUCAUCCAUGGAUAAAUUGGCGCUGGAACCUCGAUUGGGUCACUGUCAGAGGUAUCGUAUACAAACAUACGAUCAUCCACUAAUACCUGGGCGCCGCAAGUCCUACAUGCGAUUUGAGGGGUGCAAUCAUGACAUGGGUUGCACAAUCAUCUUGCGUGGAGAUGAUAUCAGUACUCUCCGGCGAAUCAAGAAAGUCACACGUUUUCUCAUUUUCAUAGUCAGGAACUUAAAGCUGGAGACUCAUCUGUGGAAGGAUUCUGUCAUUACACUUCCUCCACUUAACACCGAGACUGCUUCAUUAUCUCCAAGCACUAGCCAUGCACCCACAAAUUAUUUGGUUACCUCUUUUCUGGCUUUUGGAUCGUCCACAUCUACUCCCCGAGGCGCAUCGCCGACCGUCGAGCUUAGCUUGUCCAGACCGGAAACGGUGGUUGCAGACAAGAAUCCAUUUGAAGACGACGAUCUUCCUGAUGAUGACGCUGAACAACUCAAACUCUCGCGGCGUAUCGACGAAUCAUUGGUGCCAUACACAACCACGUUCAUAUCGGUCUCUGCGACGCUUCGUUUCCCACCUCCUUUUCCCAUACGACGAAUGAAGGAGCUAGAUGUUGAAUUACUGGCUGCAAAAAGGGCCUGGGAAGACGAGGUGAUCCGGCUGGAGGAAAAGCAGGAAGUCAAACAUGAGCAAGAGUCGACGAUAACGCGGAGCAGUACGAUGACUCGACACACCAGUAAUAAUGAAGAGGCCGAAAAAGACAAUAUUUCCGAACAAGACGAUAUUAAAGCGCAAAUCGAAGCUCUUCCUACAAUUCCCAUGACCAUAACUCCCAGCGCAUACACACCUAUAUCUCCUUCCAAAGAUCAGGACACUUCUACUGCUACUAGCCCUGCCGAAGAACCAACGGAAGCGCUAAAAACCCCAGCCGAUAUAGCCUUGGAAAGCCAAUAUAGUUUGGUGAAAUGUAAACAUGAAGAACAUCGGCGUAUAUGGGAGUGGUACUUGCGGAAGAACUACGAUGACUUUGUCGUCGAGAAAUAUCAGUGCAUAAGGUUGUUGGAGUAUACGGUCCCCAUAGCCGAUUUUGGUUUUCAUCGUGCUUGCUUUGCGCCCAAAUUCAGUUACAUCACAUUCUAUGGAGAGAACGAUUGCACCCUGGGCCAGUAUGUCGAGGAAUCUGUCACGGAGACGCUCGCACGCCACUGUAAGGUCUUCGUUCACAACGAGACCAAGGUAUUUGUUGCCGUCGAACAAUGGGAUGGACAGAUCAUCGGACGGUCGAACUUCUCGCCUGCCCCAGAGCUCAUAACAACAUGGAGCGCAUGUCGGAUCUGUGGAGCUGCUACACCCUUCAUACCGGUUUCGGAGGAAAUGCAAAGAUACUCCUUUGCCAAGUUUCUUGAACUUCAUUUCUAUCCCACGGAUGUGAAGUUGGUUCAAGGUGCCGGGUGUCAGCACAACAUCUAUCAGCAUCACGUUCGCUACUUUGCGUGCAAGGGUAUGACUGUGCGUUUCCAGGCCGAUCCGGUUACUUUGCACGAAGUUGUAUACCCUCCCUUCCGCAUUCGUGUCCGACCUGAAACGCAGCUUGAGUUGAAGAACAGCGACUUCAAUCGUUUGCAUCACCGUAACUUGGCUUGGUACACAGGCUUGAUAGACGAUCUUAAGCUCAUCAGUAUUGAUGCUGCCACUGGAGACGAGGACGGUGAUGCCAAACUUUUGGCUGAUAUCAACAUGCUAAUCGCCAGGGCAGAGGCAGAAAGAGAGGAUAUUAGCAGGCUAAUCAACCGUGUAUACAGGGAGUCGGCACCUACGGAUACUCUUGCACUCAACCAAGUGCGUUCGUAUCGACAGGACAAGAUUGUCGCUUGGCAGCAAGACUUCGAUCGUCUUCCCAAGCCACGCCCCUUACCUUCUGCGGAUAGGUCUAACCGCAGAGCGUCGGCUUUCGGCUCUGUUCGGGCGAUGUGGCCAAGGCGUUCUGAAACGUUUGACCUGCCUCACCUACCUUCCUCGAGUGUGUCGGAGGCGGAGGAGGGCCCACUUAAGAUGCGGCGAGUUACUGGUGAUUCUCUUAUAUCUUCUGCGUCUGAAGCCUCCGAACCGGAGACUUCUGCAGAGCCAGUUGAGAUAGUAGAUCGCCCCUGCACAGACACUCAGCCUAGUCAGGACACAUCUGUGACGGACGACGCAAGUCAUGCUCCUAGAACUUCCAACGACAAGCAUAAGCUCGAUCCUGAUUCGGACUCUACCAUUGGCGCAGCGAGAGAUGAUGCCAUUUCUCCUGAAUCAGCCAUGCCUCAAACGGGAGAGUCUCGCGCACAGCGUAUAUCUAGAUUACCUCGGAGACCAGACCGCCAGCCUAGUGUUGCUGAGUUAGUCAAGAGAUACCAAGACUACUUACCAGCUCAGGGCGUACAGGACUUGACAAAAACUGCACUUGCGCCUCGCAUUGUGGUUUCCGAAAGUGACCAAGAGUAUACCGUCCCUGUUGUCCCUCGGAACGUUACUCGUGCAAAAAGCAGGCAUCGGUUGCUUGCAAAGAAACCCUCUAUAUCUGAUUUUGAACAGAGCUAUGCGGCGAAUAUUGCACCUCGUUAUCUUACCCACACAAGAAGGUCGCUUGGUCAACGGUCUCAGGGCACUCGUAUACCUGGACCUAUUCAUCAGGAAUCACGUGAUUCAUCUCGACGUCCUUCACCGGAAAAACGGUCUGUCAGUGGUAGAGGCAAGGAGCUGAAGUUGAACCGUCCCUCAUCACCUUCGAAUUUAAAAGUAAUAUCGCCUACACCUCUCGGACUUAAAGGCGGACGAUCAAGGUUAUUGAACCGGUCGAAAGAUAAAACUCCGGCACGAUCUGCACCCAGCGCCGGGACCAAGUCCACGCUUCGUAGGACAGUUGGGACACCGGGAGGAAAAGUUUCCAACAUUGCUAAACAUUUUGAGCGUUUAGGCCGUGACGCCGAGCGAUCCAAAAGCCGUUACAAUGUUAUUCGGGGACGGCGUGCACGGCCUGUUGGUUCGGCACGGGCUCGUGUCGAAGUAUUGGACAGCGUGAAAGACGCCAUCAACGACGAGUCUGAAAGUUCGAGUUCAAGUAGCGAAGCUGAUGACGAGGGGGACGGUAAUGAAGAACCGUCUGUUGCGGAGCUCAUAGAACAAACCGAAACGCAAAGUGUCGCCCCCCAAACUGCGCCCCCCACCUCCACUACUUUCGCCGUUGAUUCAACAGAUGCUAAAGAUGCUAACCACAAAGGUCCUUAUGACCAAAUGAAACCUGCCCCGCUUAUUCCUCUUCCGCCUUCACCAUUCUUGAAGAUGGACAAUAACAUGCCAGUGACUCCACCACACUCAGACAUCGAAAUGGGGGCAGGUACAGAGCGCAAUCCCAUUCUCAAAGCCUUGUCAGGAUUUUGGGCUCAACCUCUGCCAACAUCUCGCAGUGCUUUUGAAGGAGAUGAUCCUAUGAGUGAUCCGGAGCACAUAUUUCGGGAUUCGUCCAUGGUCGUUCGCACUGAUGAGCCAACGUCUAUCAUUGCGCUUGCCUUGAACUCACCUCAAUAUCGUGAAAUGCUCACCAAAUCGCGUGUUGAGAAACCUUUUAUGCCGGAUGAUCGCUCUGUUGCUGAGUCGACUUCAACAUGGGGAGUUGUUAACGUGGACGCCUCCGUAUUGGCCGAUCCUACUGAAGAUCUCAAAGUACCCUCAUCUAAAUUACCUUGGGCAAUUUCUUUCGAGAGUGGUGGCUUGACUAUAAGUUGUACCGUUCUUUAUCCGGAACAAUUUGACGCUCUGCGUCGUACGUACGACUGUGAAAGGAGCAUGGUUGAAUCAUUGGCACGAUGUGUUAAAUGGGAUGCAAGUGGCGGAAAAUCGGGAUCGGCAUUCCUGAAAACCCAAGAUGACCGGUUCAUUGCGAAAGAGCUAUCUAGACCUGAGUUGCAAACUAUGGAAACGUUCGCACCUGCGUACUUCGACUACAUGUCUUCUGCUGUGUCUGCUGAUCGCCCGACCCUUCUGGCCAAAGUCUUUGGCUGCUAUAAGCUCACUUUCAGGAAGACGAGUGACAAAGGUCCUGGGAAAGUCAAGUCAACGCAAAUGAACCUCCUAGUGAUGGAAAAUCUGUUCUAUGACCGCCGAUUCUCGAAGAUAUAUGAUCUGAAAGGCUCCACUCGGAAUCGCCACGUCCAGUCCACCGGUAGGGAAAACGAAGUCCUUCUUGAUGAAAAUUUAGUUCAAACUGCCCAUUUGACCCCAUUUUAUCUACGCGAGCAUUCAAAGAGAAUACUGCGGGGCGCUCUCUACAAUGAUAGCAAAUUCUUAGCUGACAUUAAUGUCAUGGAUUAUUCUUUGGUGUGCGGUGUCGACAGUCAGAACAACGAACUAGUCGUAGGCAUAGUUGACUAUAUUCGGACCUACACUUGGGACAAGAAAUUAGAAAGUUGGGUCAAAGAGUCGGCCUUCCUUGGUGGAGCAGGUCGAGGCGAACCUACCAUCGUUACUCCUAAACAGUAUCGACAGCGAUUCAUCAGCGCAAUGGAACGUUACUUUCCCCUGAUUCCUGAUCGUUGGAUGAAGCAAAAUGACACUCCGGAGGAGGAUUGCAACAACAGCUUGGUAGAGCUGUGGCCUGACUGGUAGACAGGAAUCACAGGAUGUUGAAUGCAUUUCUUCUAACACUAUAUACCAUUGAUCACUGAUACCAUAUGACUUCAACCUUAGAUGUAGGUCACUCAUGUACUUGUCCAUAGUUUCAAUGUAGGGCCUGGCCUUCAAUGUAU